CCGGAUGGUUCAUUACUUGGAGUCGAUUUAUACAACCACCCUUGUUAUUUUCUAUUCUCUCUAUUCUAUUCAAAUCUUUAACUUCUACUUCAAUCACCCCUUCUUUUAAUAUUACCCUUUUUCCGCUACCUGGUACUAUUUGAGAUUUCCACUCCAUAGCACCAAACAUGGCCGAGGUUCAAUAUCCGCAAUCUCACGGCUACGAGGGCGAAACCGGAGCCGCCCAGUACAACACCGCCAUUGACGAGGAGAAGUAUGUCGAGAAGGCAGCUGCUCACUUUGACGGCGAGGAGGAGGAGGAGGACUCGCCCUUUGAGAUGGUCCGCAUCGCCGUCUCCAACAAGGACGACCCCAACCUGCCGUGCCUGACAUUCCGCUCGUGGGUGCUGGGCAUUAUCUUCGCUGCUGGCCUUGCGUUCAUCAACCAGUUCUACUGGUUCCGCGAUAACCCCAUCACACUCGGCGGCUACGUCGUGCAGCUGCUGUCCUUCCCCUGUGGUUACCUGAUGGCGCUGGUGCUGCCCAAGAAGAAGUUCCGCACGUUCGGCUGGGAGUGGACACUCAACCCCGGUCCCUUCAGCAUCAAGGAGCACGUUAUUAUCUCCAUUUUCGCCGGUACCUCUGUCAGCACGACCUACGGCAUUGACGUGGUCACCAUCAAGAAGCUGUACUACCAGUCGGAUCUCGGCUUCGGUCCCUCGAUUCUCUUCAUCCUGACCUCGCAGAUCAUGGGCUACUCGUUCGCUGGCUUCUCGCGCGAGUUCCUCGUCUACCCCGCCGCCAUGAUUUGGCCUGCCAACCUGGUCAGCGUCACCCUGUUCCGUACCUUCCAUGAGAAGCAGAACUGGGGCAAGCUGUCGCGCACAAAGGUCUUCUGGAUUGCGUUCCUCGGUAGCUUCUGCUGGUACUUCCUUCCUGGUGUCAUUUUCCCGACUCUCAGCUUCCUGAGCAUCCUGUGCUUCGCUGCCCCCAACAACGUCAUUGCCAACCAGCUUGGAGAUGCGAUGCAUGGUGUGGGCAUGCUCAACUUCUCGCUCGACUGGAGUUACAUCUCGUCGGCUUACACACAGUCGCCGAUUGCCAUUCCGUGGGUCUACUGCUGCAACGUCUUUGCCGGCUUCGUCAUUAUCAUGUGGAUUGCGACCCCGAUCGGCUACUACAAGAAUGUGUGGGACACCCAGCUAAUGCCCAUCUACACAUCGCAGCUGUACACUACGGGCGGUGCCAAGUACAACAUCUCCAUGGUCAGGAACGGUGAUAUGCUUGAUGUUGAAAAGUUCAACGCGUACUCGCCGCUCCGCAUGACGUUCACGUUCGCCAUGACCUACGGUAUUGGAUUCGCUGGUCUCAUCAACCUCAUCGUCUACAUCGCCCUGCACUACGGCAAGGAGAUUGUCCAGCGCGUGCGCCAGUCGCGUUCGAUGGAGGACGAUAUCCAUGCCAAGCUGAUGCGCCGGUACCCUGAGGUCCCGCACUGGUGGUACGCUAUCACCUUCGUCAUCACCUUUGUUGUGGCUAUCAUUACCUGCCAGGUCUUCCACCUCAUGCCUUGGUACUGGGUCAUUGUCGCUACUGUCAUCCCAUUCAUCUUUACCAUCCCCAUUGGUAUCGUCCAGGCCCUCAGCAACCAACAGCCCGGCCUCAACAUCAUUACCGAGUUCAUCAUUGGUUAUGCCAGACCGGGAGACCCCAUCGCCAACGUUACCUUCAAGGUGUACGGCUACAUCACCAUGACCCAGGCCCUGUCGCUGCUCGGAGACCAGAAGCUCGGCCACUACAUGAAGGUGCCGCCUCGCGCCCUGUUCGUCGCACAGCUUGUCGGUACCAUUAUCUGUGCCUUUGUGCAGCUCGGCGUCGCCUUCUGGCUCAUCAACACUAUCGACGGGAUGUGUACCGAGAAGGGUGGCCACUUCACUUGUAUCCAGGCCAACACCUUCUUCUCGGCGUCGGUUAUCUGGGGUCUGGUUGGCCCUGAGCGCAUGUUCGGAAGCUCCUCGCCGUACCACCCUGUGCUGUACCUAUUCAUUCUCGGCCUGUUCCUCCCUAUUCCAUUCUGGCUCUACACGCGCAAGUACCCGGAUAGCUGGGUCAAGCACAUCCACACUCCUCUGCUCUUCAUCGCCUCGGGCUACAUGCCCCCUGCCCCGUCGUCGGUGUACACCAACUGGUUUAUUGGCUGCUUCUUCUUCAACUACAUCUGGCACAAGUACAGGAACUCCAGCUGGCAGCGCUAUGCCUUCGCAAUGUCUGCUGGUCUUGACUGUGGUCUUGCGAUUUCAGGUAUCGUUGUGUACUAUGCGUUCCAGAAUGUCACUCUACCGAACUGGUGGGGUAACCCAGAGGCGGGUACUCACUGCCCACUUGCCGCCCAUGGAUUCAAGGCGCUUCCUGUAGCAGCCUAGGCAGCUCUAGCCGUUGCACAUAUCGUCUAGCUUUUGUUGACAAUGCUACCUUUUUGCCAAAUAAUAUGCUCUUCUUUGGCACACUUUGGUUGAUGUUUG